GGAAGUCCCUUGGCUGACAGCGCAUGUGUGAAGUUGGGUUAUUUCCGGAUUGAUAGGCCGGUGUGUAGAUCUCUAUAAAUUCUAUUGAGUUGAUAUUAUUUGCAAAUUUUCUGAAAAUGGGGAGCUAUGAACAAAUUAAGUGCUUCGCAAGUUUACCCAGGACAACAAGAGGUAAAGCACUGGUCCUCAAUGGAGACCCCAAGGGAAAAAACAUGCUGUACACAAAUGGGAACAGUGUAAUAAUUCGGGAGAUAGAGAAUCCAGCCAUGUCUGAUAUCUACACUGAGCAUUCAACUCAGACAACAUGUGCUGCCUACUCGCCCAGUGGAUUCUACAUAGCAUCAGGAGAUAUGGCGGGUAAAGUUCGAGUUUGGGAUACUAUUAAUAAGGAGCACAUUUUGAAAAAUGAAUACCAGCCAUUUGCAGGAGAGAUAAAGGAUAUAGCUUGGUCAGGUGAUAGUCAAAGGCUUGCUGCAGGUGGACAUGGAAACCAAAAGUAUUCUCAUGUCUUCACCGCUGACAGUGGGAAUUCCUUAGGUGAAUUGAUUGGUCACAGUGCUGAUGUCAAUAACAUUAGUUUCCGCCCAGAACGACCUUUCAGAUUGGUCAGCGCUAGCGAAGACAACAGUUUGUGCUUUUAUGAAGGUCCACCAUUUAAAUUCAAAGUCGCAUUAAAGGACCACACCAACUUUGUAAAUGUUGUCCGUUAUUCCCCAAAAGGAGAAGUAUUCAUCAGUGGUAGUGCUGACAAAAAGUGUUACAUAUAUGAUGGAAAAACUGCUGAAAAAAUCGGAGAAUUGGGGUCACCUACAGCACACAAUGGUGGAGUUUAUGCUCUAAGUUUUAACAGUGAUGGCUCGCAAGUUCUGACGGUGUCAGGAGACAAAACUGCCAGGAUUUUCAAAGUUCCAAGUGGAGAAUUAGUUCAGACAUUUGAGAUGGGUAAAGCAGUGGAAGACAUGCAGGUGGGAUGUCUGUGGCAGGGAGAUAAUAUCCUCACUGUGUCCCUGUCAGGCUUCAUUAACUACCUAGACCUCAACAAUCCCUCAACUCCACGACGCAUACUUAAGGGUCACAACAAACCAAUCACAGCCUUAGCUCUGUCUGACGGGACAAUCUACUCAGCCGCAGGGGCCCAGGAUUCUCAUGUCAAUCACUGGGAUGCUGAAACGGGAGAGAAUGAUCGGUUCACGGGAACCAGCCACAAGAACCAGAUUCAGGACAUGGUUAUCGCCAAUGGAGAAUUAGUAACAGUUGGUAUGGAUGAUAUCAUAAUGUUCUCUAAUGUCGGCAGUAAGCAGUUUGGAGUUUCUCAAGGUUUGGAGUCUAUGCCAAAGGCAGUGUCAGCAAGUUCUAAAUUUGUGGUGGUGGCAUGUAUCAAACAUGUUGCAGUUUUCCAGAAUAAGACAAAAUGUUUCUCUCAGGCGGUGCCAUACGAGCCAUGCAGCGUGGCUAUCCAUCCCAGUCAGCCAUUGGUGGCAAUCUGUGGUGCUGCGGAUAAAAAGAUCCACUUGUACUCUAUCAAUGAAGGCAAUGGAUCCCUCCAGGAGACACAGGCCAUUGACAACACAGGGAUGGCUUGUGAUGUAAUGUUCUCCCCCAAUGGGGAGUAUUUAGCAACAGCCGGGGCUGAUAGAUAUGUCAGAUGCUUCAAACUCCCGGACUAUCAGUUGGUGUUUAGUGAUCCGACCCAUACUGCGAGAGUGAACUGUAUUGACUGGUCCCCCGAUUCAUCAUUGUUUGCAACUGGUUCCCUCGAUCAAAGCAUUGGAGUGUGGAAACCCACAGGUUCCCAUAGUGACCGCAGUCUGGUGAUUAAAGCUGCACACAAGCUGAGUCAUCCGACAAGGGUUCGCUGGUUGAACAAUAACACCAUUGUAUCAGCAGGACAUGACAGUAAUAUUAAACAAUGGCGGGUGCAGUUUUGAUCAGACACGUAUAAACCUAUUGAUUUAUAAGGACUGUGGCAAUUUUUGUGAAAGUGUUCAUGCCAUCAAAAAGCAACGACUUACAAUUUAUAUUUUCAGAUUAAAUUUCAUGAAGAAUUUACGGCAAUUUCGUAGUAAAUGCUACACAGUUAAGCCAUAGAAAUAUGUUUGCAUUAAUUGUAAAUUUCAAUUGCAUCAUUAUACAUGUAUGUUAAUUCUCUGUUAUCUUUCUUAUGGUGACUUUUGUAUUUAAUAUGUAUAAUUUUUUUUUUGUAUUACUGUAUGUCUUGAAUUAAAAGUGCUAAAACAUUUGAGGAAAAGGUUUACUUAAAGCCAAAAAAUGUUAAUUCUGAAUGGUUAGCUGCAAUAUACAUGAACAUGUGUUGGAGUGCCUAUAAAUGUGCAAUUUAUAAAGUCUCGUAAACGUGUCAACAAUAUUCAGAUAAUGAAAGUUUCAGACAACGCAUUGUGCAUGAUUGGAGGUGUGAUAUUUUCUGUAAGUUGCGGGUUAUUCUUACCAGCUUGUACUAACAUUUUUGUUUCAAUGUUGUGGAUUGUGUCGGUUAGUUAUAAUUCUAUAACAUGUAAAUAUUUACCAUGUAUCAUCCUUCUAUUCAUUGAGUGAUGCCAUAAUAUAAAUCUACAUCUAGUUUAUAAUCUUCAUGGAAUCCAGACAUUUUAUACCUACACAGAUACAGAGGGUAAAGAAGUUGGGUUAUUAAUGUAGUUUAUUAUCUUCCUGUAAAGGAGAAUUUGAUAUGUGAAAAAUUAUUAUCAUAAACCAUGCACAGAAGGUUAUUUAACACUUUCCAUUUGGCUUGUAUAAGGAUCAAGAGUUUCGAGAUCCACUGCACUGAUCAAGAUUAGAGUAGCUGUUUAGAACCCUUGGCUAGUGAAGAUGAACUAAAAGAAAUAUGAAUUAAUGAGACUGCAGAUGUUAUUUUAAAUAUUCGUUUAUGCAUUGGUAUUUACGUUUAGAUGGGGAACAGGAUGAUGUGAUAGAUACGUGCCAGAUUGUCUCGAGCUUUCUAAUGCUGAACAAUGUAUUGUUUGAUUUAUAGAUGUAUGUUGAUUUGUAGAUACUGAUCAUUGUAUUGAAUGCAUUGAAUCUACAUAUCAUCAAAUUCAUACCCUAUAUUAAUUCUUCAAAAAUAAAAUAAUUUAUAUUUGC